GCAGAUCAGCACGGACUCCCGCCACUCCACGAGCUGGGACCGAGCAGGGAAAGGGAAACCGACACGCCGAGACUCAUCCACGCAGCAGCAGACGGACAGACAGACGUACAGACACAGGGACGGACGGAGGGAGACUGGUCCUCGCAGGAACACGCAGGAAAGACGGACGGACGGAGCGACUCAAGACGCUGGUAGGAGCCGGAGGAGCCGCACACACGCACGGCACCGAGGGGAAACAUCAACAACAGACCAACAAAACCAGCAACGGGAGAGCAGAGCGUCUCAGCACAGAUAAACCCCCGCAUGUGGAGUUAGUGACAGAAACACCUCCAUAAAGAGCGCUAGGAGCGGUAGCAGCGAGCUAACGGGGGCGCUAACGCUAAUUAGCUCUCAGGACGUUUGAUCUUUAUAAACCAGCUCGCCCUUUCGCAUCCUUUUCCUUUCCCUUUUUUUUUGUUUUUUCUGGAAACAGCUUCAUAUUUUUUUUUUUUUUUCAUUUUAAUUCCUGCUUCUCCAUUGCGUCGCCCUGACAUGGUUGUGGGCUGGUUCUCCGUGAACAGCUGCCCGUGUUGAUGAGCCUCUGCCCCGCAUCCUCCUCCUCCUCCAAGCCGUCCAGCGUGAAUCUGCAGCCGGCGGGGGGAGCAGCCAGCUGAAGGAAGGAGAACAACAGCACCAUAAAAACACUGACUUCUGACGCCGUUACUCUUCCGUCCGAUGUUAAUGUCGACCGACGUCGCAUCUCUAAUGCUUCCCGUUAACCGGGGGAUGAUGGAGCGGGAGAGGGACAUGGAAGCCGCGGCGGCCGCCGGGGCUCACGCCGCCGCCGCCGCGGCCGCCGCCGCCGCUGCGGCCGGGGGUCCGGCCGGGGGGCCGGCCGGGCUCCGGGGGAUGAAGCGCGGGGAUCCGGAGCCAGACCCAGCCCAGGCGGCCCCUGCCCUCACCGAUCUGGCCGGGGCUGAGUGUAAGAGACCGAGGAUAGACGGCACCGGCAGCGUGGUGGUGGCUGACAUUGGACAGAACAAUGAGCCUUUAAACCCGGGUUUCCAUGGAUACGCACCUCACAGUCAGGGCUCUCAGGAUUCAACCGGAGGACAGGAGGCUUUGGUGGCCCCACCCUUCACAACCUUCCCUCCUCCACCUCCUCCUCAAAACGGGCUGCCAGGAGCAGAGUUUGGCCCGGGGGCCAUGUUUGGUGCUGGGGGCCAAGUUGCAGCAGAGGUAGGGGCUGGUGCCAAUGGAGCCACCUCAACACCCACCAGCAACAAUGGAAAGACGGAGGAGACGUCUCAGGGUGAGGUGGGGGUGCAGUGCAGUGCAGGAGGAACCGGAGCAGGGGGCUCCGCAGGAGACUCCUCAGAGGCCAAGGGGACCCCCAAACGGCUGCACGUCUCAAACAUCCCCUUCCGCUUCCGGGACCCAGAUCUCAGGCAGAUGUUUGGGCAAUUUGGGAAGAUUCUGGAUGUAGAGAUUAUUUUCAAUGAGAGGGGUUCAAAGGGUUUUGGCUUUGUGACAUUUGAAAAUAGCGCAGACGCAGAGAAAGCCAGGGAAAAGCUCCACGGCACUCUGGUGGAAGGUCGUAAGAUUGAGGUGAAUAACGCCACUGCCAGGGUGAUGACUAACAAGAAAAUGGUCAGCCCCUACCCUAACGGAGAGGCUCUCAGCACGCUGCCUUAUGCAGGGUGGAAGCUGAGUCCUAUGGUCGGGGCCGUUUACGGGCCGGAGAUCUACGCAGAUUUGCUCCUGUCCUCCUCCUCCUCGCCUCCAGUCCCGGGGUUCCCCUACUCGUCAGCUGCGGCAGCAGCCACGACGGCGGCGGCUGCGUUCCGCGGCGCCCACCUCAGGGGCCGGGGCCGGCCCGUUUACAGCGCCGUGCGGGCCGCUGUUCCUCAGCCUGCCAUCCCCACCUACCCUGGACUAGUGUUUCAGGACUCAGUCCUUAGUCCCAGAUUGCCUCAGGGAGGCUACCCUGCUGCUGCUGCCGCUGCCGCCGCCUAUCGCUACGCCCAGCCUGCCGCCGUAACCGGAGCAACCGCUGCAGCUGCUGCCUACAGUGACAGUUACGGCCGGGUGUACACCACAGAUCCGUACCACGCUCUGACUCCAGCUGCUGCUGCGUACGGCGUGGGAGCCAUGGCGAGUUUAUACCGAGCGGGAUACAGCAGGUUCGCUCCGUACUAAAACCACAAACACACCCGAGGAAAUUCACUUUGCUCCAAAAACCCUUUCUCAAGCUCUGCAUUUGGCAGGAGCCCCCCUCCAUUUUUCUGCAGGCAGACGAUAGUUACAACUCACGUUUUUGUUUUUUUGUUUUUUUACCCCCUGUUGAUGUUUUUUUUUGUGUGUGUGUGUGUGUGUGUGGCGAGAAGGACCAUUGCCACGUCAUCAUGUCAGACUCUGUGCUCCUCUUUCUGUCGCUGACAUGGAAUCAAUGGGAAAGAGAAACACCACCAACCUGCCGGCGGCAGCUGGAGUGUGCUGCUGGGAACUCCGCUGCAGAUUAUGGGAUGGUUUUUAGAAACACUACGGGACCUGCUGUUCUGCUGGGAACGGCCACACUACAAACCCCUUUUUUUUCUUCCUGAGAGUCGCAGAGGUCCAAGUAUAUCCACUGCCCUGUAAGACCUGCUCGACCCGCAUAUCUCCACUUCCCUUCAGCACCAAGUAUAAACGGUCCUCUCAGUUUUCCUCCAGUGUUCGCCUGAAGCGAUCGAGCACUAACUGUACAAAGGUACUUAUGUUUUUAAACACUAUGUUGACACAGAACUACAACCCUCUAUCACCCUCAUAUAAUUAAUAAAAACAUGAAUGGAGUGCUUGAUACUAAACUUAUAGGAAGUAUUGUCUUUUUAUUUUUAUUUUUCUUCAAAGCUAGAAUAAUGGACUUUCAACUUGAAGGGAAAAGUGGACGCAUCCGACUGACAGAACCACUGCUGUCCUACUUUCAAUUAUAACCUUCGCCUUUUUUACCCUCUUUGAUUUUCAAACACUUUCUCCCGAGUAUAAGAUGAAACUAAAACAAAAAAUGUAGAAAAAAAAAACCGACAUGGAAGACUUGUUUUUUCUGCAUUACCUCAAUUUUUUUUCAAGCAUCUUUUUCCUCUUUAUUUGCUGCCUUUGAUGAUAAACUGCGUAGAAAUGGUGAUGAAACGGUUGAACGCAUCCGAAGCGGGUUCCUGCAACGUUCACAGCUCACACGGUGGUCUGGACUAGCACCGAGUCCUCUCCCGCUCCGUCAACACUGAUCUGACCCGGCACACGGGUCUGUUCUCAACCCCCUCUCACUUUUUAUUCCUGCUCAUCCGUGACCCGCUAGUGCUUCUUCCAAAUGAGGACUGUGUGCAUUUCUGCCUCCUUAAACUGUCAACACAUUCCAGCUGCAGCAGCGAUGCAGAGAACGAGCCGAUCAGAUGGACAGAACCAGGGAGCGUAAACUAGCCAGACCUAGCGGAGCAGGUGCAGGAGAAACUCACACCAGAGGAGUUUAAUCAGAUAAGAAAAGCAGUUAGCAGCAUCCUUGUCAUGUUCCCUCCUCAUAGCGUCUGGGAAUGAUCAGUAUUUGUUGAAGUUUUCCUCACCGCUACAUUAGAGAGGAUUGGUGAACGCCCCCCGCCCGCUUCACCCUUCUCGCCCGCGCUGCAUUGCUGUAUACUCUACGCUGUUAUUGCUAUUAUUUGCCUUUUUUUGGUUCCAAAGAUUUUUAGAAGAAAGCACAUUUAUCGGUCCUGAUGUAUUUCUUACUUCUGUGGUUGUUUUUUGUUUGCAAUGUUUGUGUUUUGUUUGUUUUAAAUCUGUGGGUUGAAGCUGUAUUUAACAGUACAGUGUUGUAGCAGCAUCCUGGGAAGUAUCAAUGAAGCUUUUUUUUUUUUCUUUUUUUUUUUUACAAGGAUAGAGACAAUUAAGUGGUUGCAGAGUUUGAGGAUUUCGGACCUGCGAACAUACGAAUGCUGUCGACUUUGAAUCGCUUCACACUAAUUUAUUGGUGCUUUUGUCUUUUGGCGUGAACACUUGGUAGAGGUGUUUGCUGCAGAGGAAGGAGGUGAUUGCAGAUGCAGAUGCAGACGUGAGGGAUGCACAGGAAGGCAGGCAGGCAUCAGCCAGGCCCGGUUAUUGGGGGGGUGGAGGGUUGGGGGGGGGGUUACAGAAGGUGAAAAGGGGUCAAUGGCCCAGCGGUUGCUAGAUUUUGAACAAUGAAAUGAUGAGUGGGGGGUUUUAGGAGGUGAAGGUGAGAAGCUGAGCCAUUAUUCAUUAGCUGACAGAAUAACAACGUCCCUGCUGACUUCUGGAGGGCACGGCGCUCAGGUGUGAUGGGGGGGGGGUCUAGUUUUGUAUGAUUGUGCAGUAGGUCCAAUGAGUAUUUCUGACGAGCAUUACCUCUUUUUUUUUUAUUUUGGGUCUCAUUGUCCCUUACAAGUAUUGUCAGACGUGUUGCUAUGCAUGUUUUUGAGAGAGGAACCGUCUCUUGUCUUUCAUUUCAUUUGUGCAUGAAUUGAAAUCGUAGUGCUGGAGGAGGAAGGUGAGGAGGAGGAGGAGGAGGAGGAGGAGGAGGAGGGAGAGUCCACUGAGCUGGAAAUGGGGAGAGCUUUAGCAUCGUGUAGUGCAGGAGGGAGGACCGGGUCCAGAGGGGGCGAGUGUCCCGCAGUCACGGUAGAAAAAGCUACGUCGGUCCUCUCCAGUAAUCUGGGUUAUCUCUGCUCUGCGCCUCUGUGGUCGUGUCAUGGUAAUCAACAGUCCUAUCAGAUGUGUAAAGUUUAAUUUGGUUUGUCCGGACCCUUGCGGUUUGCUUUUAUGAUUAAAAUAAUAACGGCAGCCAGCGAUGCUUCAGGUUCUUGGGUUUUCGCCACAGACGAAGCUGGCUGAUCCUGGCGGCGGCGGCGCAUGCGCAGAGCCGGCUCCGCUCCAGCCGUUCAGCUGGACGUGGAUCAGCAUCUGCGCUGCAGCUGCCGCCACGUGGAAGAGCUGCUGCUGGAGCAGAUCUGGGCUGGAGGUGAGAGAUGAGAGAUGAGCUCAGAGGUGCUGACGCAGACCUGCACUGUGCUGUCAAACCAGUGGGAGUUUUCUGUUUUUUUUUUUGGUUGUUUUCUUUAUUUUGUACAGCCAUUUAAUAAAUGGGUUUGAAUUGCAUGUGGAGGGUGUUUUUCUCUGUGGAUCACAUGCUCUUAAAAGCUCAUUUAUCCCCAAGUGAUAUUAUUUUUUUUAAUAUAAAUAAGUGACAUGUAAUUUUUUCACAAUGUUUUAUUUUGCCAUCCUUGUGUCUGCCUUCUGUUUAUUCUCUUCAUUAUUAUUGAAUGUAUAUAAUAAAUAAACUGUUUGGUUUUUA